GACGGAACUCGUGUCAUCUGGACUGGAACAUAUUUAACUGCACGUUCUUGGAAAAAUGAUGGAAAUCGUCAUCAUCGAUAAAAUGGAGAACAGGUGUUCGAGGUCUUAGACCAAGGUCCAAAUGCGCGAUGGUUGAAUCAGUGGGGGUUGGAGGCCUCCUCUUGACCAGCUGGUUUCUGGUACUGUUUCCAAUUGGUACCAGCAGCCAGCUUAGUUCAGAGUACGGUUGUCCUGCUCAGGAGAGGAUUCUACCUUGCAGAUGUUCCACUCGUGACAUGGAGAUUCAAAUAUGGUGCAGUCAUAGCGAGUUACCAAAAGUCCUCGAAGGUUUAAAAGCAGUGAGCCAUUAUCUGGAUCGACCUGUAGACGAAUUGAUCCUGGAGAACAAUAAUCUACCUAGUCUACCUGGCAAAGUCUUCGCCACUUUGCGCGUUCUUCGUCUGAUGCUCCGGAAUAAUCGUCUGGAAAGGGUGUCCCCCGGAUGGUUAGAAGGUCUCCACGAUUCCCUGUUAGAAUUAUUCAUCGUGGAACCAGAUUUACGCUCCCUGCCGAUAGACAGCCUGGAGAACCUUCAAGGUCUCGAGGCUGUUACCUUGCAGAGCAGAGUGAUGAAGAAACUGCCGAAAUUCUCUGGGCUUCCGAAACUUCGUUACCUGCAGAUUAAUUCCCCAGCUCUGCUGGAGUUGGCGCCAAGAAAUUUUCGGGAUUUGCCCGGUUUGGAACAGCUUCAUGUGUUUGGCAGUCCACGUCUGAUACGUCUGGAGGCGGGUCUCUUCAGGGCGCUACCUCGGUUAGAAUUGAUUAAUAUCACCGACUGCGGUGUCCAUUGGGUUCAUCCUCGAGCGUUCAUAGAUCUCCCGGAACUGAAGGAAAUUUCUGUGGUCGGGAACUCGAUAGUGGAUGCUGGAAUGAUCGGUCGAGCCUGCGUGGAUCUGCCUUCGCUUUCGAUGAUACGGCUCGAUCGAAAUCGUAUCAAUCGCCUGAACGAAGGAGCCUUCAUGGAUCUACCGGUCCUGACUCGUCUCUAUUUGUCGAGGAAUCAUAUCACCGAGGUGUUCGCCGGAGCGUUUCAAAGAAUGCCAGCCUUGAAGACCCUGGAUCUUAAUCACAAUCUAAUACACCGUGUGCAUCCGGAAUUUUUCCCUCGCAGACCUGGAAACAGCCUGGAGGAGAUGUGGUUGAUUAACAACGACCUCAGUCACGUGGCUGAGCUGAGAUCCAUAAUGGAAGCUCUGCCCAGGUUGAAAUUCCUCGACGUUAGUUACAAUCAAAUCGAGGAGAUACCAUUCGGAGCGCUCAGGGGUCAUCUCACUUUGGAGAGGCUUCACCUUGAUCACAACAGAGUAGCCUUUCUGCAGAGGGAGACCUUCACCGCGAUGCCCGCUCUUAGGGAACUCAGAUUGAAGAAUAAUUCUUUGUCGAAUUUAUUGGAGGCGCCGUUCUGGAACUUGCCAGCAUUGAAAGGCCUGGAUCUAUCAGAGAAUUACUUCCGCCACGUAGAACCUCGUCUCUUAGCCAACCUCCCAAGUCUGAGACGCUUAGAUCUAAGCGGAAACGCGGUUGGUCUCAUAGAACCUGAUUCCUUCCUGGCUACUCCAGCCCUGGAGCACGUGAACCUUUCCGGAAACGCGCUCUCCGUUCUUCAUCCCCUAACGUUCCAUCAUUUGAACAAUCUCUACGAGUUGGACGUUGGUUGGAACCGAAUGUUGGAGAUAGUCCCUGGUCUACCAAGAAACAUAGAACAUUUAUACAUGCCUAUGAAUCGUAUAGUAGUUCUACCAGCUCUAUCCUCUCAAGAUCUUGAUCUACCCGUUCUAAGAUCGUUGGAUCUCAGCGCGAAUGGAAUCGAGAGGAUACCACCGGGUAGCCUGGCCGAUUUACCAAAUCUGAGGAAAUUGAACUUUGGUUAUAACUCUCUGCGAAUUCUGGAGGAUGGAGCGUUCGAUGGAUUGUCCAGAUUGGAACAAUUGGAUCUGAAGUACAACAGACUGGUGACUAUUCAUGGAAGAAGCUUCAAACCACUUAGAUCGUUGAUGGAUUUAAGUCUGCGGGGCAAUCGUUUGGAGGUUCUCCGACCGGAUAUCUUUCAGGAAAACGUUAGAUUGCAGAGGCUGGAUCUCAGUAGGAAUAAUCUUGCCCAGAUACCUCACGUGACAUUUUCCAACACCAGGGACCUUCGUGAACUGUACGCGUCGCACAACACUUUGACCGAGUUACCCGGAUCGUUGCACGGCUUAACAGCUCUUCAGGUACUAGACCUGAGCUUCAACAAGCUGAACAUCCUGUCGCCGGAAACGCUGAGCAGCUUGUCGGCCUUGCUCGAACUGAAACUCGUGAGGAAUCGUAUCCGCGAGCUACGGGAGGGUGCGUUCGAUGGUUUGCCACGAUUAACGCUGAUCGAUCUCGAAAAUAAUGACUUGAGAAUCAUCGAGAGGAAUGCUAUCAGAGCUCUACCGGAACUUCAAGCCAUUCGACUCGGAAAGAACCGAUUACAGAUAAUUCCUAGCGGGGCUUUCACCGAGCUACCAUUACUUCAAAGCGCGGAAAUUCAGGAAAAUCGGAUCCAGGAAAUUGCGAGCAACGCAUUCAUUAACGUGCCUCACCUUCUCUUCCUGAAUCUGAGUCACAAUCACUUGCCAGCGUUGGAUUACGUGGGACUCGAGAGCUUGCGUUCCUUGGAGGUUCUGGAUUUGAGCAACAAUAGACUGUCCAGGGUGUCCAGUAAUAGUUUGGCAUCCAUGGAGUGGUUGGUUGAAUUGAAAAUGGACAACAAUCGGAUCUGCGCCAUUCAAGGCUCGCCUUUCGAUCAGAUGCCAAGACUUCGGGUUCUCAGUUUGAGAAGCAAUCGAAUGGCUUCCGUAUCGGAAACGGCGUUCAAAAGAUUGCGAUCGAACAUCGCUGUUUUGGACAUCGACGGAAAUCCACUUUCGUGCUCUUGCGGAAUGUUGUGGUUGCGAGGGUGGUUGCAGCAGGCAUCCUCCGAGGGUCCAAGGUGUGCCGAUGGAUCUUUGUUCAAAGAAAUUCGAUUGUCUCGCCAGGAUUGUCAAAGAGAACGACAGAUCGAUCCGAUUCACCCUGGCUGCGAGGCUGAGCUGAUCGAUUCUGCACCUUACCCUGUUUCCUCUUCCAUAUAUGGAGCAACAGAAAUGGUACCCCUUCGCUUGAACCUAAAAGAGCCAUCCGUGGAGAAUCCUCCCAACCCUCAGGAUUUUGAUUACCUCGACGAGUAUCCUGAAGAAACGAUGAAUAUAUCAACGUCCACGCAAACCGCGAUUACUAUACCACCAGAAAUUGUACAAAUGACCCAAACAACAGAGAAAGUUCAGUUACAAACGAACGGUACCAUUCCAAUAAAGAAGAACCCUCUGAUGCCUCCUUCCCCUAGCAGUUCCGGUUUCACCUUCUUCGGUGUGCCUUUGCCUAGUUUGAAUUUUAACCUUUGGGGAAAUUCGGGGAGGAAAUCGGAGAGGAAGAAUUCCGAAAGACCCGGAAGAGGACGGUAUAGAACGUUUCCACCCACGGAACCAGAGAUCCACAGGGGUGGUUUUGUUCCUCUGCCUCGAGGACAGGGUGGUUUCGUGCCGAUCCCUGAUCCAAGAUUAACUUACGAGAGACAGGUUAAUAAAAAUGAAAGUUUGAGAGGUCAGAAUUCUAAUAUCACGCAGGAGGAGCGGAAGCGAUGGAAAAAUGGAAAUGGUACUGUGGUGAAGGUUGAAAGGACUCAUCCUAGGACAAACAAACCCAAGGUGGAAAUUAAAGAGAGGGAAGAAUUGUCCACGGUGGCAGCCAAUCAGCCUGAUUCUCGAUGGCAAAUGCCUGGAGUUAAAAAAAGCAGUACUUCUUCCAUAAAUUCAACGAGAACGUUAGAUUCCAGCACUGCAGCUGAUGAAUCUCCUCAAGAAGCGAACGAAACAACAGCGUCUUUAGAGAUUCAUGAUGAUGACCCUUCAGAGGCGAACAAAAAAUCAAUUAAAGUGGAAGAGAAGUCGCAAGAAGUCGCGAGUAGAAUAGUGUGGACCACCCCUGGAACCAUGCUGGAGACUACGAAAGAUGAUUUGGUUAUAGAAUCAUCCACAAAUGUGAUGAAAAAUGAGAAAAGUAGGUUUUGGGACUCUGAGGCAGUUGAAUUGCAAGAAACUUCCACCAUAGAUCCUCGAAACGAAUCUAUAGGUACAAAUACAGAUGAUUCUAGUAGCGUUGUAACAGAACGAUCACCUUUUCAUUCAUCCUUCUUAGAGAAUAAAAAGAAAUCUUCGACGUCUCAGUUGCCCCGAGAAACAGAAGCAUCAGCUCUUUCAGCGUUUCUGGUUCCAGGAGGUCAGGUACCUUCUUCAGUACCAAAUUUGCGUCCAUUAGGUAGGCCAACGAUCACGAAGGUUCCUUCGCCACGUAUCGGUCUCUCGGCUGAAGACGAGAAACAGAAGUCCGUGGCUGAAGCUGUUCAACGAAACGUGAAAGACGAAGAGAAGAACAUCGAGAAAGACGGAUCUUCAAACGAAAAUGCUGAAGUCAUCGAAGACAAUUCGUUCAAUUGGUACUUUCAGCAUUACAAUGACACGAAUUUAGAACCCUUUGUAGGUAUUGCUUACAGCGAAGGUGCGAAGACAAGUGCGCGUCGAUGGACUUUAUUGGGUCAAAUGUGUCUUAUUUUGUACACUGUAGUAUAAAAGAAAAAACAUGGAUGAUUAAGUGUUUUCAACAAUUAAUUUAUUAAAUAAGUAAUACUUAAAUUCUUCUUACUCCAUUCAUUUUUUAGAAAGAAGAACUAAGGCAUUCUGUAAGUACUUCAUGGAAGAUGAGUCAAGUGAUCUAUUGAUUAGAACAAGUUUGCAAAUUAAUGUGCAAUUUAGGAUUUUUUUAGUUAAACAGAAGUGUAGAGGAAGAAGUAUUUCGCCAUUUGCCUUGUUUGCACAUAUCUUCCUUAGGUGAAGACAAGAGGUCGUAGAUUAGGCUCUUCUCGUCUCUCCUAGGGUUUUCUCUAAAUUCUCCCCAAACCAAAAGCAAAUGGCGAUUGAUUUCUCAUCUUAAACUUCCCCUUAACUAAAAAAAGCUCCCACUGCACCCAAAUAUCCGUAAAUUACAAAGAAAUGCACGAUCAAUAAGGUGCAAUUAAUUUUGAUUUUCAUAGAUCCUUCGUGUGGCAAUGAAAAAUAAAUAAAAUCAUGAAUUCAAUGAUCGAGUUUUUUGUUGUUUUUAUUAAUAACGUAGUGUAUUAUUUAUGAAAGCUUAAGUUCUUUAGAAAAUAUGUCUGUAAUAUCUAAAAAUGUAUACGUUAUUGAGAAUCUUAUGUGGUAUCCUCGAUGUUCUUUAGAAAAUUUUGAUACAUUCAAGUGAACCGUGAAUGAUUACUGAACAAUGCUUGAUUUAGAUAAAAAUCACCAAAUUAUUAUCGAUGACGAUACAUUAUAUAAAAGUUACGGGCAGUUUGAAGCAGUUGCUCAUUCCUAACGAUAGGAGGGAACGAUUAUCAGUAAACACAAUCACUAUGUUAUGCCAUGUAAAAAUUACUUUACACUAAAAUUUGUGAUAAUUCUGUAAUGUGUUUACUAAAUAGAUCUUUAUAUACCGCAGUUCACCAGAGUCCAUAACUGCGAAAAGACCAAUUUUCGUUCUUCGCGCAUCUCCAGUGCGCAUCUU